AGCUCACCGCACUUCCGUCGUCGGCUUGACGGGGGGUCAUCCCCGUCCACCGACUCGUCGCGAGUUCCACAGAGAGAGAGAGAAGCUGAAGGCCACUAGCCUGUGACCCUCUCUUCUCCUCCUUCGUCACCAACCACGGUAGACCCACAGGUGUGCUCUCACCUCCCUUGCGAAGCCAAUAUGACCGGAGGGCAAGAAGAUGGUUACUGGCCGCUGUCAGGGAAACCCUUCUUCGAUCUUAUUCUUUCAAAGUCGCACCUUUAUCCCCGUUAUAAUCUGUUCAUUCCUGCCGGUAUGCAACUGCUGCUGCCUUCACAGAACACACGAGUUGUUCUCACUUAUAAGGACAAGACGUGGGAUGUUAUGCUGUAUGGGAAAGGAAAAAGGUUUGACUCCAGUUGGAGACAUUUUGUAGAUGACAAUCAUCUUAAGGCUGGGGAUGCUUGUGUAUUUGAACUCAUGGAGUGCCUGAGUACAAAAGUGACCUUCAAGGUUCAAAUUCUCAGAGGUGACUUACCAGCUGAAUUGCUGGCCAACAUCAGUGGUGAGACAGCAGCUGCUCCCAUUGUCAUCGAGUAGGAAACCCCUUAUGUUGGAUAGAUGUAUCUCUAACUGCCUCAUUUACCGCAUACCAUCCUGUAACACCCUCUCUUGCUUUUUAGCUGCAGGCGUUUCCGGUCUCAGUUGUUUGUGUAACAAAGCUUUUCAAAAGCACACAUAUGUAGUAUUGCUGAUCCGUGUUAGAUGUCGUCAAGAAAUGCAUCCUGCUCUUCUAAGCUAAAUUUGGUCUUCUUCUUAUCUUUUAA